AUGGAGAAGCCGGCUGGGUGGUUCGAGAAUCACAAGAACGCGGUAUUGGCCGAGCAGGCACGCGUUCAUGAGGUGGCGUUCAACAACCUAGAGGCAGAAAUAGCGCGUCGGGAUGAAGAAAAGCAAAGCCUCAUAGAUCACAUUUCUGAACUUGUUAUCAAGAACGCCCAACUCCUUCAAGAAAACAACAGAUUGAAAGACCAGUUACCUAUUUUUCAACCUGAAGUAGUGCCCUCAAACGAAAAGAAUGGCUCUAGUAGUAAGACUCAGGAAGGCGCCAUAGCAGAAAAAGACAAGCCUGUUCCGUAUGAGGACUAUGCCAAUCUCACCUCAAGGCUAGAGGAGCUCCGGACGCGAAACGUUACCACUGAAGAGACGUUGGAAAGUGCCAUCGAUGAAAACGAACGUCUCAGAGAGAAGGUCAAACUUUGGGACCACAAAUUCCACAAGUUGAAAGACUCUUGUAAAGAAUGGCAAGCUUACGGAGCCAAAAUGAAGCGGAUGUACGCCGAAUUGAAAGCAAGCCCCAGUCAGAAGUCCAGCUUGCCCAUUUUAGCUCCCGCCAACGGAGCAACGGUGAUCUUAAACCCCUCAGUAACUACUUCACCCCCAACAGCUCCUUCGGACUGGACUAGCUCGCCAAUACCGCAUUUACCCUCGAAUGCAGAGGAUAGAUUGUGCCCUCUCGAUGAGCUUCCACAAGUCACUCUACUCAAAGAGGAAAGCCAGCAGCCGAACAUUCCGACGUUGCCACAUAGCACCGAUGACCGGCCAUCGGCUUCAAAGACGGAAACAAUCCAAAGCCCUCUAACAGUGCCUGAUGCAGCUCAAGCCAAUCUUGCCAAUACUUCCAAGGAUGGUAGCUCUGCUAAGCGAACCCAUGAGCUGCAUCAAUACAUCAGCGCACAUUGGAGAGAGGUCAAGGGCCGAGACCUUAAAGGUGCAAAGGAAAUCGUUCGGCGGAGUGACCCUGAGAUGGGAAGAAGGCUGGUCCUGGAUCGGCUACCCUUGGAGAGCCUGGAGGAGCUGUAUACGCAUGUAUGGGACGUUGUUAGAAGACGUACCUUGGACCUCCCGUUUAACACAUCGAGCGCCGGAGAGCACACCGAGUCUGAAAAGGAGUCAAUCCAGGACUCUUCGACAAUCUUUGAGGAAAUCCAGCACGGCGGUUCUUUAGAGACAAGCAAGGACCCUGGUAUCGGUAUCAUGGAUUUUGCAUUCGACACAUCGAGUGUUGCUGGACCGUUAGCACCCGAAAAGUUACCAUCGAGUCAAACCACCCAGGAUGAUGCAGCCACUGAAGAAGGAAUGGUUGUCAUCCAGCCGAUAGAUCAAGCCGAUGACGACGACCUGCCGGUUUUUGUAUCUGCAAAGUCUCUAAAGCGAAAGAGGCGGGGGCCAGAUACCGUGGAAGUCUUCAACGACAAUCAAAUUCGAAAGGGUGGAUCUGCCACACCAAUCCCCGUGAAGGAUGAACUGCACAGUAGUCCACUAGCUCUUCUACGCUCACCGAGGAGAUUAGAUCGAACCGAGACGCUUGACCUCGAUGAAUUGGGUUUCAGAAUCGCCACCCCCCGAAAACGGAUAUUGCACCCGCCCCUCAAUCCUGGUGCUACGAAGGGGUCCAUUCGAUUACUAGCCCUCCAGAAACUCCGCCAUGAACGAUCUACCAGCGAACCAGCUGUCAAAGAUGAGCCUCGUGGGGACUAUCAACCUUACGUCAGACUAUUUGAAACAACAGCAGCGCUGACAUAUCUAGACAAUGUAGAAACAACUGCAGAGGACCGGGCGAACAGCGCACCUGCUGAAUUUCAGCAAUUAGAGCCCGCAACCACAACAUCACGCGUCUUGAAUACGCUGGAUCCAAACACCAAGGUCCUCACUGAAAGCAGCGAGCAGGAGCCUCUUCGGAAGCGAAGGCGCAAAGCAAUUGAGCAAGCUGCUAGGAACACCCCAACUAGCAAACGCAAAGUUGCUGAUGAUGGAAGAGAGCGUCUUGGUGUUACUGAUCAACUAAGACGUUAUGUUGGGCGUGAUGGGACUCCGGCCAGACAGUCCGCGAUUCGCCCUCUUAUGCAGAAUCCAACACCACCUACGACUGGAAAGUCUCGCUCUACUCGCGAUAAAUUGGUAGCUCAAGCGACUCCAACUACCAGAUCCGCAUUGAGCCAUUUGUCGAAGUCACCCGCAUCUCGUCCAGGUUCUCGAGCAUCGAACAUUGCUCUUCGUUCUCGUCCAGUCGAGCAGCUUACCCUAGACCACUUUAAGCCAAAUCCAGCCUACAACCAAGGUCUCGACUAUGCCUUUGUCGAGACCGUUCGUGGACGGGAUGCUCGAAAAUGUCUGCCAGGCUGCACGAAUCCCGAAUGCUGUGGCUCAGCUUUCCGAGCCCUCGCAAUGGCUGCUCCAACCUUAGCGGCUCCGAGAGGCCUCUUCGACGUGGACGACGAAGCUGAUGACGAAACGCGUUUGCUGCAAGACUACAUGGGCGAUGCAUAUGAUGUGGCAAGGAUUAGCCGUAUGCCGACCGACGAAAAGGAAGAACUAUUACUCCAGGCACGGACUCGUCUGCUAGCAGACAGGCAUGGCAGACAUAAGCAGGCUUAUGAGCGAAGAUCGACGCCGCCAGGCUUUUGGAGAACUGAUUUUCCGACCACACAGGAGACAGAGAAGGAUAGGGAAGAGGCGAGGAAGCUUGAUAGGGCUAAGGUAGAAGAGCGAUGGAGGGAUGCGAUGAGAGAUGGCGGACGGUGGAUCUUUAGGGAUGAGUGAGUACUUUUUGCGGGCCGGAACCGGUCAGCUUUUCAUCUUGGGAACUGCUGCAUAGCGCACGGGAAUAAAGCAUGGGUUAGGGUUUCUGCUAUUAUGCUGCAUUUUCAGGAGCGCGCAUGGUGAGUGCGGGUCGCGUAGCGGGACUUAGGAUUAUGAGUGGGCUUCACAGUCAGGUUGACGUCGAUGUCAUGUCUGCAUUUUACGCAUAUUAUCUUUCAAAAUUGCAAGAUCCUUUCUCAACAGCCCCGUCUUCUUUUAAUGAAGAUUAUUGGG